AUGGACGACGCCCGCAAAGGCGACGCUGCUCUCAGCGCAAGCAAACCCGACGAAGCGAUUGAACACUACACCAAGGCUCUCGCAGUCAACACCACGGCCGUCAAGUACUACAUCGGCCGCGCCACAGCCUACCAGCGCACUGCCAAAUACGCCGAAUCCCUCCGCGAUGCCGAACUCGCCGUCGUCCUUGCAAAGAAACGCGGCUCGCGCGAGCUCAUCAAGGACGCCCAGUUCCGACGCGCCGUCGCUCUGUUCCACCUCGGAAGAUAUGCAGACGCCGACCAUCUGCUGAAAACCGUAAAGGGCCUUGACGAGAAGGACAAGAUGCUGCCCAUUUGGGAGUCCAAGGUCGCAACAAAAUUGAAGGAUGUACCAGAAGACGACGAGAUGAGGAAGGUCACCGUCAAGGAGACUCCGGAGGUCGAUGUGCCCAGCGCACCAGUCUCUGCCGCCCCAGCGAAGGCCGAGCAGCCCGCCCCGUCUCAGGCCCCGAAGCCUGUCGCCCCAACCCCGAAAGACAAAAUCAAGACCGAUUGGUACCAGUCGCCUGAAACUGUUACCCUCACAAUCAUGGCCAAGGGUGUGGCCAAAGACAAAGUCAGCGUAGAAUUCGAGGAGAGAUCCGUGUCCGUCGCAUUCCCUACUGCCGACUCGUCGGAUUACAGCUACAGCGCCGACCCUCUAUACGAAAAGAUCGACCCUUCACAAUCGAAAUAUCGAGUCACACCCACCAAGUUGGAGAUAACAAUGCGCAAGGCAACCACGGGGCUGAAAUGGCAUGAUCUUGAGCACCCCGACGGCGACGUUGGCUCUGCUGAAGCAUCCACUAUUUCUCUGCCCGUCCGCCCAACCAAAGACACCGCCCCUGCAUACCCAACGUCCUCCAAGUCAGGUGCGAAGAAUUGGGAUAAGGUCGUGGUGAACGAUCUCGACGACAAAGACGAGAUUGAGGGCGACGAGACAUCACACUUCUUUAAGCAGCUGUACAGCGGCGCCACCCCCGAGCAGCAACGAGCUAUGAUGAAGAGCUACUCGGAAAGCGGCGGCACAGUCCUUAGUACCGACUGGAGUAACGUUGGCAACAAGACCAUAACCCCCGAACCACCCGAGGGUAUGGAGGCCAAGAAAUACUCGGGAUGA